GCGGGGAUAAGACUGCGACUUUUGGAUACUUAUGUAGCUCGGAACCGCGGCGGACUGGCCAGUCCGGGAUUUCACUCCUUCGACAAUCAUGCAGCUCCCCUGGCUAUUAUGUCAUUUGACAAUCGCUACGGCGAUACCGACGACGAUGCCCUCGUCGGCGUUCGCACGUGUCUGGAGGAUAGUGAACACAAUGAACGAAACGGAACAACUUGCGGAGCCGGAGGGCUACUCCGAGAAUCCGAACGUUUGCCAGACGCUGCACUGCCAUGAAAUCGCGAACAGGAUCUUAAAUAACAGAGACGUCGACGCGGAUCCAUGCGAAGAUUUCUAUCAAUACGCGUGCGGCUCGUGGAGCGUACGUAAUCCCAUGCCCGAGAACGAAGUCGAAUGGUCCGAGGACCAGUUAGUUAUGGACAAGACUAACAGCCGUAUCAAAGAAAUGCUCGAGGAAGAAGACAGCCACGAUGAUAUUCUACCCGUUCGAAUGGCUAGGAAACUUUAUCGUACUUGCAUGGACGAAGAUGCAAUUGAGAGGAGAGGUGUUCAACCGAUUCAGGAGAUCCUCGAUCAACACGGGGGUUGGCCUAUGGCUAUGCCGGUGAACGAAUGGGAUCCCAACGAGACGUCCUGGCAGAAAAUCGACAAGCACUACGUCACGCUGAUAGGAAACAGUGCUUUCUACAAUCUCGAAUACGAAAUCGACUUGAACAACACGAAGCGAUACGUGUUAACGCUAGAUCAAGAUACCGAGUAUCCUUUAACGAGCAAAAGAGAUUUGGCGAAUCUCUUCUAUAACGACGAUGCGUACGCGCUCGGCAUAUUCCGCGUGGCUCAAGCUUUCGCGAGGGAGCAAGGGUACACUUUGAAUCGUCGACAAUUAGCCAGCGAUAUAGCGAAUCUAGUGAACUUUGAAAUUGAAUUACUGCAAAUCAUCGAAACCGGCAAGGUAAUACAUACAGUCAGUGACAAUUACGAAAGAAUGACGGUUAAACAAUUGCAAAAAUGGUACAACAGUUCCGGAGUCGCGUCGCCUACGGCGAAGAUAGAUUUUCUGGACGUGAUACAACACGCAUUCAAGCUGGCAAACAUUCGUAUUAACUCGUCCGAGCCUGUUAUAGUCUACAAUCCGGAAUUCCUUCAUAAGCUCGCGAAACUACUUGGGGAAACUUCUCGACGCGUACUGGUGAAUUACGUACAAUGGAACAUGGUGGACAAAUAUCUGAUGUACACCACGCAGGAAAUGAGGGACAUCAAGUUCAAUAUAUCCUACUCGACCUACAACGUGUCGAAUUUCACCCCCCGAUGGCAAGUAUGCGUGUAUAAUAUGAAAAUGAAAAACGCGAUUUCUUAUAUGUUCGUUAAGAGAUACAUCACGGACCACGUUAUACACGAGGCAACGAGGAUGGUAAAAAGAAUCAAGGACGAGUUGAGGCAUCGCAUAGAACAAGCUCACUGGCUACCGAGUUCCAUGAAAAUGACGCUCUUGCAAAAGAUAAAUAAUCUAGAGGCACAAGUUGGAUACCCGGAGUGGUAUAAAAACGACCAUGCUAUUAUUCAAUACUACGACGGGCUGCAUAUAGGCACCGACUACUUCCAGAAUGUUUUAAAUUGCGAGCAAAGCGAAUUGAUAAAAAGUCUGAUAGAAUUCAGGGACGUCGUUGUCCGAGAUCAAUGGCUAGAUUAUCCUAUAACGGUUAACGCGUUCUAUGCUCAAACAGUCAAUACGAUACUCAUACCAGCAGCGGAACUACAAGACCCUUUCUUCUCACCGCAUUUACCUGACGCUGUCAAUUACGGGACCACCGGAUUCGUGAUCGGGCACGAGCUGUCUCACAGUUUUGACAACGAAGGUAUACAGUUUGAUAAGAACGGUUAUAAGAUUUCCUGGCCUUCCCGAUUCGCGUCGACCGAAUACGAGGAACGAUCGAUGUGUUUCGUCGAUCAAUAUGGGAAUUAUACGCUCGAUAUUAGGGACGACAAAGGAAAACAUAUUAGGCUGGAUGGGAACUUGACCGAGGAUGAGAACAUGGCAGACUCGAUGGGUGUCCAGAUUGCUUAUUCAGCGUACAAAAAAGCGGCGAAACAAAAGCAUCAGGCGAAACUACCGGGCCUGGAGUAUAUUUCCAAUGACGAACUUUUCUUCUUAUCGUUUGCAAAUUCCUGGUGCUCAUCAACGAGACCGGAAUACGAGGCGGAUGUAAUCAACACUGACGAGCACAGCCCUGCCAAGUAUCGAAUCAUCGGUUCUCUUUCUAACAUGCCUUCGUUCGCCAAAACUUUCAAAUGCUCACGGAGCAGCUCCAUGAAUCGGCGGCACAAGUGUACUUUGUGGAAUUAGGCGUACGAUACAAAUGUAAUUAUUAACGUGUAGUGUAGUAUCGAGUUAUGUCGAGUACUUGUACUUUUUUUUUAUCAUUUCUAUGCGUAAAGGGAACGUCGUUUUUAAUUAACACGUAUUGAAAAUACUUCUUCUCGGCAUCAAUAUUCAUCAGGCUGGCUGAUCAUUUUCAUUAACGUACUUUUGUAUAAUUGUAUUGCACUGAAAAAAUAUACACUUGAUUUAAAACGA